AUGUCUAUCUCUCCUUUCGAAUGGCCGCUCUGGUGGCGUAUAUGCGUUCUGCUGAAUAUCAGCUUCUACAAUCUCAUCGGAAAUGCCUGGGCCUCUGGUCUUUCUUCUGUCUUUGGGUUGAUCAUUCAGGAGCUGCACUGCACGCAAACUCAAGCUUCUAGGCUGCCGACUUAUGCUCUGCUGGCUUUGGGACUCUCUAACCUCUUCGCUCUUCCGUUAUCGUUGCUCAUCGGAAAGCGGUACACGGUUCUCGGUUCGCUCGUCAUCUUCAUCGCGUGUAACAUCUGGUCCAGUGAAGCAACCGACUAUUACUCACUUCGAAACUCGCGUAUCGUCGGUGGUUUGGCUGGCGGUCUCGUUGAGGCUCUCGGCCCCAUCAUCGUAGCUGAGACGUUUCCGACUCAUCAGCUCGGAAGAGCCAUGGUCGUCUACGUUGGCUUCCUCGCCGCUGGUUCUGCAAUCGGUCCCAUGGUCGCUGGUGCAGUUGGAGUUGAUCUGGGGAGCUGGAGAUGGUACCUGAGGAUUCUGACAAUCGCGACUGGCUUUAAUCUCUUUGGUUCGAUCUUGAUGCUUCCUGAGACAACUCACGAUACCGAGGAGCUGGACGCUGCUCAACCCAGGCCUGGAAGCGAGCCUGUUCCCGAGCCCAAGCCUACGAGCACUUCGAUCGAGGAUAUCUACAUCUCGUCACCGGCCGUGACUACAACUGGGGAGAUUUCUGUCGCCAGCUUCAGAAAGGAGUACAUUUCGAGGUCCUUCAGUGGCGAGUUUAUGCCGAUGAAGUGGAAGAAGAUGGGUCUAUCAUUGGUUCGGCCGCUGCAGCUGCUCAUGGCACCCCAGAUUCUCGUCACCGUCUACAUCUUUGGCCUAACCAUUGGCUGGACUGUUAUCAUCUCCAUCCUCCUCCCCGUCACCUACGCCCAACCUCCUCUGCUGUGGAAUUCGCGUUCGAUUGGCCUACUCUGCACCUCUGCUCUUAUUGGCCUUCUUGUUGGUCUCCCCUUUGGUGGAUACUUGGCAGACCUUCUCUUCAUCCGAUCAACAAAGGGACGCACCGAGGAGCCUAAUCCCAGGAGUAGACUGCCAAUGAUGCUUAUCGGAGCAAUCGCCAGCCCUGUUGGCUGCAUUAUCCUCGGCCAUGGACUUCGAACCCCUACUCACUGGAUCGUUGUAUGCGUCGGAUGGGGCCUUGUUUCAUUUGGUUUGACAGGAUCGGCUAAUGUCCUGCUUACUUAUUCGGUUAACACUAUGCCUUCGCGAGCAGGAGAUAUCGGUGUUCUUGUAAAUGUCAUGAAAAAUUGUCUGGCCUUUGGUGUAUCCUACUCAGCCCUUACUUGGCUAAACGCUAUGGGCCCAUUGAAGCAAUUCGCCGUCAUGGCAGCUCUUCUUUGGCUUGGAUACAUCAUGGUCAUUCCGGUUUGGGUUUGGAGCAAGUCCAUUAUUCGCAGAAGCGCUGUUUAUACCCGGUAG